CAGCAAGAACAACAGCCUGUACAACAUUUUAAUCUUUGCCAUUUUUUUGUAUAAAACUACAAUAUAUAAAAACCAACAAAAGCCGUCAAAAUGAAGUACACCGCCGUUCUCGCUGUCCUCGCCGGCAUUGCCGCCGCCCAGAGCAUCAACGAUGUUCCCGAGUGCGCCCGCUCCUGCAUCAGCACCGCCGCCACCGCUGCCGGCUGCGGCGCCAGCGACCUGUCCUGCAUGUGCAAGAACCGUGACAAGAUCGUCUCGGGCCCUGCCGCCACCUGCGCCCUGAACUCGUGCCAGGAGAAGAUUGGCGAGGUCAUCACCUCCCUGCAGACCCUCUGCGCCGCCGUCGAGGCCGGUGCCGGUGCUUCGUCCGCCGCACCCCCUCCUACCUCGUCCGCCGCUCCCCCGGCGUCGUCGGCUGCUCCCCCUGCGUCCUCCGCUGCUCCCCCCGCCUCGUCCGCCGCUCCCCCGGCUUCGUCGGCUGUUCCCUCGUCGACCCAGGCCCCCAGCUCUGCCGCCCCCACCACCACCAAGGCCACCACCGCCUCGUCUGGUGUCGCCAAGCCCACCAGCGGCAGCGGCAGCGCCUCUGCUCCCCCCACCUCGCCCACCGCCGGCGCUGCCACCCUCGGCAUGAGCGGCUUCGCCGUCCUCGCCCUCGGUGCCCUCGCUCUGUAAAUUCCCUUUCCUCUCUUCAUGGAUUUGAUGGGUUAAAAGAAGUUUGGAGAAAGUGGGGAUACGUGACGGAGAGAUGUGGUUUUUUAUGAUGGUAUCAAAGAUGGGAUUAUGGCCUUUAUGUAAUGUGAUGGGAGUGAGUAGUUAUGGGAUCUCUUUCUUGAAAACCUCGCAUCUACCUGUUCUCGCAUAUAGGAUACUUGCAUCGGCAAGACAGCGCCUUUUGCAGUAUUAUGAUAAUAAUAAUGUGAACCAGUACAAACCUCAUCUCAACUCUGUUUGUUUGCG